UCAGUCCGCUUUCGGUACUCAAACGUUUCGUUUCGUUUGCUUCCAGCCAGCAGCAAAAAAAAACCCUGACCAAUCCCCAUUUCCCGAAAACCCAACCAGUUUGUGUGGACAGCGAUGACGUACUAGAGUCUCGCUCUCUUUCUCUCUUUGUCUGGCUCUCUCCCUCUUUCGCGCUCCCUGGUGUGCCAAAAAUUAUAAACUUAUUAAAUAGUUUUCUUCGCGGAAGGCAGACAGCCCAACACAUCAGGAAAAACAGAGGCAGUGAUUCUUGUUCAAGUUAACAUUUUAAAAUGGACAAACACCAGAGGAAAGCGCGGUGGUAUUUUGGAGGGCUUGCGAGCGUUGGAGCCGCCAUGGUGACCCAUCCACUCGACCUUAUCAAGGUCACGCUGCAGACGCAACAGGGUCAUCUUUCGGUGGCGCAGUUGAUCCCAAAACUCGCCCGCGAACAGGGAAUACUGGUCUUUUACAAUGGACUCUCCGCCUCGAUGCUGCGCCAGAUGACCUAUUCCACGGCCAGGUUUGGAGUCUAUGAGGCUGGAAAGGAUUAUGUCAAGACUGACACCUUCGCCGGCAAGGUGGCACUGGCCGGAGCAUCUGGUCUCGUUGGCGGAAUAGUGGGCACUCCGGCGGAUAUGGUUAAUGUGCGAAUGCAGAACGACGUAAAACUUCCCCCGGAACAACGACGAAACUAUAAGAACGCCUUUGAUGGUCUGUUCCGAGUGUACCGCCAGGAGGGAUUCGCACGGCUCUUCUCCGGCGCCACCACAGCGACGGCCCGUGGAAUCCUGAUGACCAUCGGACAGAUCGCCUUCUACGAUCAGACGAAGAUCUACCUACUGGCCACGCCGUAUUUCCACGACAACCUGAUUACUCAUUUUACCGCCUCUUUGGUGGCUGGAACGAUAGCGACCACGCUAACUCAACCACUGGAUGUCCUGAAAACCCGAUCGAUGAACGCCAAGCCCGGAGAGUACUCUGGCCUCUGGGAUGUGGUGAAGCACACGGCGAAACUAGGACCUCUUGGCUUCUUCAAGGGCUAUGUACCGGCAUUUGUGCGACUGGGUCCCCACACGAUCAUCACCUUUGUGUUUCUGGAGCAACUGCGCAUCAACUUUGGCACCUCGCCGAGCUAGCCGAGAUCUCGAUCGAUUCCACAAAACAGGCUAUAAUUCUCCCAUGGCUGGCUGGCAGAUUUCCUCGAGCAAUGCUAACAUUCCAGCUGCAAUUCGUUCAUUACUGUACCGAACAUAACUAAGCUAUAGCCAGUUCCAAUUGUUAACCAAGAUGCUUUUAUGAUAGCCAAUUAUUUAGUGUUUUAGGCGUUUUAUGCCCGCAAACCCAACACUUAUUAGUUUUUAGUUUACCGGACUUGCUUAUUUGUAAAAAAGAUCAUUUUAAAGUUUUUCAUAUCGGUUUACGAUUUUUUCGUCGUAAAGAUUUAAAGUUAAUGUAAAAACUAAGUUGGAAUAUAAAAAAAAACAUCAAAGAGGUUUCAAGUUAAUAAAUAUUGAGUAAAAGCCUUAUGAUUUUAAAAAAAAAUAUAUUUUUUUUCUCUUUUUAUUGGUUGAUUAAAAUGUAGUAAGGUUUACAGGAUCAAAGUAAUAUUUUAAUCAGCAAUAUCCCAGCAUCUAAAACAAACUUUCAGUUAUUAUUAAGAGCAAUUGAAGGGAAGGUAGGGUAGUGAAUAUUUUCUGGAUGUACCCUUCUUAAUGUGGGCAUAUAAUAUUUUCAUUUGAUUUCAUUGUCAUUGUCGUGCUGUUUGCAAUUAAAUGUAAUUUGUUGAAAAUGGCUGAGCAUCUGCUUGUUGUUGCUUUAUGUGUUAAGACUGCCAUGCAAUAAUUGAAUAAAUCUAAAUGGAUGAAA